GGGGCCGCGCGCGCCCCCGCUACGGAGCGCGUGCGGGGCCCCCGCGUCACGUGACCCUCGUCGGUGCCGCGGGCGGACGGACUGACGGACGGACACCGGCCGAGCAGGCAGCGAUGGCAGCGCCCCGGUAGGUGCCGUGGGGACCAUGGCCACGGACUCCGGGGAGCCUGGCGGCGGCACGGAGCAGCCCCGAGCGGCCUCCCCGGAGGCUCCUGCCGCCGCCGCCGCUGCUCCGGAGAGGAAGCGUUUCUUCCGCAAGAGCGUGGAGCUGGUGGAGGAGGAGCAGCAGCGCGCGGCGGUAGAGCAGCGGGGCCCCGAGGCGCGGAGCGACGGCGGUGGCGGUGGCGGCGGACGAGAGAAGGCCAAGCAGGACAUUGAGGAGGAGGCGGAGAUGAAGGCGGUGGCCACCUCACCGGGUGGACGCUUCCUCAAGUUUGACAUCGAGCUGGGCCGUGGCGCCUUCAAGACCGUCUUCAAGGGCUUUGAUACUGACACCUGGGUCGAGGUGGCCUGGUGCGAGCUCCAGGACCGGAAGCUGACCAAGGCCGAGCAGCAGCGGUUUAAGGAGGAGGCCGAGAUGCUCAAGGGGCUGCAGCACCCCAACAUCGUCCGCUUCUACGACUCCUGGGAGUCCACACUCAAGGGCAAGAAGUGCAUUGUCCUCGUCACCGAGCUCAUGACGUCCGGCACCCUCAAGACGUACCUGAAGCGCUUCAAGGUGAUGAAGCCCAAGGUGCUGCGGAGCUGGUGCCGGCAGAUCCUCAAGGGGCUGCACUUCCUGCACACCCGCACGCCGCCCAUCAUACACCGCGACCUCAAGUGUGACAACAUUUUCAUCACCGGCCCCACUGGCUCCGUCAAGAUCGGUGACCUGGGCCUGGCCACCCUCAUGCGCACCUCCUUCGCCAAGAGCGUCAUUGGCACCCCUGAGUUCAUGGCACCAGAGAUGUAUGAGGAACGCUACGACGAGUCAGUGGACGUCUACGCCUUUGGCAUGUGCAUGUUGGAGAUGGGCACUUCCGAGUACCCCUACUCUGAAUGCCAGAACGCCGCCCAGAUCUACCGCAAAGUGACCAGCGGCAUCAAGCCAGCCAGCUUCAACAAGGUGACGGACCCAGAGGUGAAGGAGAUCAUCGAGGGCUGCAUCCGGCAGAACAAGGCGGAGAGGCUCUCCAUCCGCGACCUGCUGAACCACGCAUUCUUCGCCGAGGACACUGGCCUGCGCGUGGAGCUGGCGGAGGACGACGGGGGCCGCGACUCCUCCCUGGCGCUGCGCCUCUGGGUAGAGGACCCCAAAAAGCUGAAGGGGAAGCACAAGGACAACGAGGCCAUUGAGUUCAGCUUCAACCUGGAGGCCGACGUCCCCGAGGAGGUGGCCUACGAGAUGGUGAAAUCCGGCUUCUUCCACGAGAGCGACUCCAAGGCAGUGGCCAAAUCCAUCCGGGACCGGCUGGCGCUGGUGAGGAAGACACGAGAGCGGAGGCAGACCGACGAGCGGCGGGACCUGCUGGGCCGGGGAGCACCCGGCGGCCCCGAGAGCGAGGACACCGAGGUGGACCAGCACGUGCGGCAGCAGCUGCUGCAGCGGGGCCCAGGCCACGCUGCCGCCGACAGCCUCUCGGAGAACAGCGCUGUCCCCGAUGCCUCCAGCCUCGCCGCUGCAGAGCCGCCAGGCCCGGCCGAGCACCUCUACCCACCACCGCUCACCGGGUGCUACCAGGCGCUGCCAAACCUGGGCCAUCCCCCACUGCCUGCUUGUGUCUCACCGCGGCAGCACCCACCGCUUGCGCACCUGGAGCUCCAGCCUACAAUCCGGGCAGAAGGGCCGGCGCUGGAGCCCACGCUGGCCACUGCCACUGCCUCCCCUCCACGUGCCCUGCUGGAGCCCCCGGCUGUCGAUGGGGAGCCAGGGUCCGACACUGCCCUGCCGCAGCAGAGCUCCCAAUCAGGGCCACCGACAGCCAUAGCACAGCUGCCGCCAGCUCCGGGCGGGCCGGCCCUGGCAGCACAGCCGCAGACGAUUGCCACGGUGCAGCCAAGCACUGCGAUGCAGCCAAGCACUGCAAUGCAGCCGGCAGAUGUGGUGCAGCCACACGCAGUCCCUGGGAUGCAGCUGAUCCCCACCAUGCAGCCGGCAGCUGCGAUGCAGCCGCAGACUGUUCCUGCGAUGCAGCCGCCACCUCCGGCACAACCAGCGGCCGCGAUGCAGCCGCAGACCAUCCCCGCAAUGCAGCAAGUCACUGCGAUGCAACCGCUGACGGUUCCUGCGAUGCCACAGGUGGCUGCGAUGCAGCCGCAGCCACUCCCUGUGAUGCAGUCGCAGACAUUUUCCGGGAUGCAGCAAGUCACUGCGAUGCAGCCGCUGCCCGGUAUGCAGCCGGCUCCCCCACUGCAGCCAACAGCUGCGAUGCAGCACCAGACGGUCACCGCAAUGCAGCCAUCGGCUGCAAUACAGCCCCAGACAAUCCCUGAGAUGCAACAAGUUGCUGCGAUGCAGCCAGCGGCCACGAUGCAGCCACAGAUGCUCCCUGCGAUACAGCCAGUUCCCCCAAUGCAGGCAAUCCCCACGAUGCAGCCACAGACGGUUCCCGGGAUGCAGCCGGGAACUGCGAUGCAGACACAGGCAGUUCCCGGCCUGCAGCCAAUCCCUGCGCUGCAGCCGCAGACGCUCCCUGCGCUGCAGCCGACCCCCCCAAUGCAGCCGAUCCCUGCGAUGCAGCCACAGGCAGUUCCUGCGAUGCAGCAAGUCACCGUGAUGAAGCCACAGGCGCUCCCCGAGAUGCAGCGAGUUGCGACGAUGCAGCCACCAGCCUCGAUGCCGCCAGCCCCAGGAAUGCAGCCGGCUCCUGCCACAUGCCUACCGCCAGCCCUGCCCUUUGCCACCCCAUCCGAAGGGGCCCCAUUAGAGCCAGAGCCGCCGGGUGACUGCCUUGGCCCCGUGCCGGAGCCGCUGGCAGCAUUCACCUUCACUGCGCUGGAGCCGCCGGGCUUUGUUGCCUUCCCAGGAUACCCACCAGAGCAAGCGGCCUUUCUGCAGCCUGGCUAUGCAUCCUGGAGCCUCGCCAGUGCCGCGGCCACCCCGCACCCAGGGCAGGAGGCUGCACAGGCUUCGCAGCUGGAGCAGCCAGCGGCAGCAAAGCCGGAGGUGGCCUCGGGCCCCGACGGCACCCCAGGCAGCCACGAGCCCACCAGUGGCAAGGCCGAGCGCGGCCGGCAGCGCCGCGCCUCCUGCCCUCGGCCGGAUAAGGGUGCCCGCUUCCAGUUGACAGUGCUGCAGGUCUCGGCACCAGGGGACAACACAGUGGAAUGCCAGCUGGAGACCCACGACAGCAAGAUGGUGACGUUCAAGUUCGAUGCCGACGGAGACGCCCCCGAGGACAUCGCUGACUACAUGGUUGAAGACAACUUCGUGCUGGAGGGCGAGAGAGAGAAGUUCGUGGAGGAGCUGCAGGCCAUCGUGGCGCAGGCACGGGAGAUCCUCUGCGGGCCGGCCUGUGCAGCUCUCCAGGCAGGGCCGCCUGAGCCAGCACAGAGCACCCCAGCCCCAGCUGUUGGCGAGUGUGGGGCAGCGUGGCCAGCCGUGGUGGGGGCAGUUCGUGCCCCAGCGCUCAGCUCAAAGCUCGCCGGCAUGUCACCACCGCCACCAGGCGAAGGUGCCCCCCAGUCGUCCCCUGUUGGCCGCUGGCGCUUCUGCAUCAACCAGACCAUCAGGAACCGAGAGGCUCCAGGUCCCCUGGCACUCGACCCCAGUGUGGAGGAGCCUGCGCAGAGCCGGCCGCCCCUGGAGACGCUCAACACCAAGGCCGUGGAGAUGGAGGCAUCCAUGCCCCAAGGCUCAGAGCCAGGCAUCCCCCAAGAUCCGGAGAUGUCUGUGCCCCACAGCUUGGAGCCAGGUGUCCCCCAGGGUCCAGAGACAUCCAUCCCCCAAGGUCCAGAAAUGUUUGUCUCCCAAGGUCUGGAGACAUCUGUCUCCCAAGGUCUGGAGACAUUCAUACCUCGAAGCUCAGAGCCAGAUGGUCCUCAAGGUCCAGAGACGUCCAUCUGCCGAGGACCAGAGUCAGAUGUCCCCCGAGUCCCAGAGAUGCCCAUCCCCCAAGUCCCAGAACCAUCCGUGCCCCGAAGUCCGGAGCCAGAUAUCCCACAAGCCGCAGAGCCAUCAGUGGCCCAAGGUCCGGAGCCAGAGGCCGCCACAGCUUGGGAGCCAGAAGAAGCACUGGACCAGGAGCUGGAGGCAUCAGACAGCGAGGGCCCACCAAAGCGGGGGUUCGCUGACACCGGCAUCCGGACGCUGGAUGAGAAGUUGCGGACGCUGCUGUACCCGGAGCACAGCUGCGGUGAGAGCCAGCGGGACGGUGCCGGCUUCGAGUCGCCUUCCUCCUCCUCCUCGGAGAGCCUCAGCGGCCCCGUGGGGCGCCACGAGCCGCUGCCACUGGACAGCACGGAGGGCUGGGCCGCCGCCGCCGCACCGCCGCCACUGCCACCACCCGGAGCUGCGCGCCCGCCGGCAGCAGGAGGCGAGGCAGAGGAGCUGCGGCCAAGGGUGGCCGGGAGUCGUUUCGGGGAGCCCCGUGGCGAGGCCGGCCUCCCCCCGCAGCGCAGCGUGGCCCCAGGCUCCUUCCGGCGUGGACGCUUUCAGGUGGUGGCGGUGCCUGCACGGGGGUCAGAGGAGCUAGUGGGUGCUCAGGCCGCGCCGGGAAGCCCGCCGGGGGGCUCAGGCUCAGACAGCGAAGCUUCAGUGGUCCCCCCCUGUGGGCUGCGGCACCCCGGCUCUGGCGCCCACUCGCCCUCAUCGCCCAUGAGCAGCGACGGCGACUCUGAGCUCGAGGAUGAGGACCUCCGGGCUGAGCUGCAGCAGCUGCGGGAGAAGCACAUCCAGGAGGUGGUGACGUUGCGGGCGCAGCAGGACCGGGAGCUGCAGGAGCUCUACGUCCGCCUCCGUGCCCUGAGGGAGGCCCGGGGGGAUCCUGGAGAGGCCGGGCUGCCCCCCGCCUCCCCCCGUCGGCCCCGGGCCCUCAAGGGCAAGGCCCGGGGGCGCCCACCAGCCCCUGAUGCUGGCUCUGUACCCGCAGAGCGCGCCCACGGCAGCUUGGCGCCAGCCCUCCCCUCCUCCUCCUCCUCCUGCGCCAACAGCUCUCAGCACCUGAGCGGCUCCCGGGGCCCGGCCCCGCCAGAGCCACAGCGGGCGCCACCGGCUGCCAAGAAGGGCCUCUUCACAGACGACUUCCACCGGCUGGUGGACGAGUGGGCACGGGAGACAGCAGGCAGCCCUGGCCCCAAGCCCAGCCUCAACCAGCUCCGGCAGAGCUGGGGCCGCCCAGAGCCCGACGCCCGGGCCAGGACCGCCGAGGGCACGUCGUCGUGGGUGUCCACACUGGUGCAGCUGCGCGGUGCCCUGCCGCCUGCCCUGGCCUUCACUGGGGCACCGCCGCCACCCCCUGGGCUGCCCCCCUGCGGCCCCUUCCCGCCCCGGUGGGCCCCGGCGCCCCCGCCCGGACCCCUGGGCCCAGCCCUGCAUGGCACCGGCUGCCCUGUCCCACCGGGGCCCAAGUGAGCCACCGCCCCACGGUGCCGAUGCCAAGCCACAGCUGCCCCGGUUCGACCUGGAACUCAUUUCAACCCAAAUCCUUCCUGGUUUGUCUUCAACUUGCCUUGUUUUACCCCCAGACCUCCCUGGUUUGUCCUAAAUCCAUAUUGUUUCACCCCAAAACUGCCUUGGUUGAUCACUGAGCUGCCUCAGCUCAGCUGAAACCUCUCAUCCUAAAACGGGCCCAUUUCACCCUAGAACCUUCCCAGUUCUCACCCCACCUUGUUUCACCCCAAAACCUCUACGGUUUGUCCUAAACCUGCCGUGUUUUACCCCGGAACCUCCGUGUUUUGUUCUAAACCACCUCAUUUCACUCCAGAACUGCCUCGGUUGACCCCUGAGCUGUCUCAGCUGAGCCAAAACUGCCUUGUUUCACCCUAAAACCUCCCAGUUUCAUGCUAAUCCCACCUCAUUUCACUCCAGAACUGCCUCGGUUGACCCCCGAGCUGUCUCAGCUGAGCCAAAACUGCCUUGUUUCACCCUAAAACCUCCCAGUUUCAUGCUAAUCCCACCUUGUUUCACCCCCGAAAACUCCUGUUUUUGUCCUAAAGCACCUCAUUCCGCUCGGAAGCCUCCCUGUUUCAUCCUAAAACUGCCUUGUUUUACCUCAGAACGUCUCGGUUGGCCCGAGUGCCUCACCUGAGGCCAAACCUCCCCAUUUCGUCCUAAAACCGCCCCGUUUACUGGACCCCUGCAUAUUGCUCCAAAUUGUCUAAUUUGACCCCCCAAACAGCCUAGUUUCCCCCCAAACUGCCUGUUUUUCCCCAAACCUCUUCUUUGGGUCUCAAACCUGCCUCCAUUGAGCCUAAACCCCUCGGUCACCUCACGAACAUCCUUGUUUGGCCUUGAAACCCAUUGUCUUGCCCCCAAACGGCCCUGUUUUACUGCAGACCCGCUGCAGGUGGGCGAUUUGGGGUGUAAACAUGAGGUUUUCAUCCAUCUACCUCAUUUCAGCCCCCCCAUCAUCUUCCCCCAAGCCAGCAAGGUUCUGGGUUCGUUCCGUGGCGUUUGGGCUCCGGGGGCGGUGGCAGGCAGGGCCCCGCGUUUAUUUUUGUUUUUAUUUUUUUUGAUGGAUUGUUACAAAGGAGUAAAAACAACAAAAAAAGGAAAAAUAAAAACCCACGUGGAGAA